CAACAAACCGUGGACGUGAAGUGAAGAGGUUAAGUUUUUCCGGCUUUUCAAGUUUUCGAUUUUUCUAGCAGUUUUUCCAGUAGUUUUCUGUAGCGUAACGUGUUUGAGCAAAUUUUUAAAGCUAACGUUGCUGUUACAAGCUUUUCCCCCUCGAAGCGAACUGUCAAAGAAAUCUAUUUUGUAUCCAAUAUGGUUGUGAGACAGUACAACGAAGAGCUGAAAUACCUUGAGAAACUUACUCCGUACUCAUGGAGGAUCAAAAAAGGAUUUCAACCCAACAUGAAUGUGGAAGGAAUAUUUUACGUUAACAAUCAUCUGGAAAAACUCAUGUUUGAUGAGUUACGAAAUGCUUGUCGUCCAGGCAUGGUUGGUGGUUUUUUACCUGGCAUGAAGCAAAUUGCAAAUGUUGCAGCAUUACCUGGCAUCGUUGGUAAAUCAGUCGGACUUCCUGAUGUACAUUCCGGUUAUGGAUUUGCUAUUGGGAACAUGGCUGCAUUUGAUGCGAAUGAUCCAAAAUCUGUGGUAUCACCUGGCGGAGUCGGUUUUGAUAUUAAUUGCGGUGUUCGACUCUUGAGAACAAAUCUGUUUGAAAAGGAUGUGCUCCCGGUCAAAGAACAACUAGCUCAGAGUAUGUUUGAUCAUAUUCCAGUCGGUGUGGGGUCCAAAGGGAUCAUCCCAAUGAAUGCCCGUGACUUGGAGGAAGCUUUGGAGAUGGGCAUGGAUUGGUCUUUGCGAGAGGGUUACAUCUGGGCUGAAGACAAAGAACACUGUGAAGAGUACGGUAGAAUGCUAAACGCAGAUCCCUCCAAAGUCAGUAUGCGAGCAAAGAAGCGAGGCCUCCCUCAGUUGGGUACUUUAGGUGCAGGCAAUCACUAUGCUGAAAUUCAAGUGGUGGAAGAGAUUUACGAUAAAUGGGCUGCUGACAAAAUGGGCAUCGAGGAAAAAGGCCAGAUCUGCGUCAUGAUUCACUCUGGUAGCCGCGGUUUUGGACAUCAAGUGGCCACUGAUGCGUUGGUUCAAAUGGAGAAAGCGAUGAAACGUGACAAUAUUGAAACAAAUGAUCGUCAAUUAGCAUGUGCUAGAAUUCACUCAAAAGAGGGACAAGACUACCUUAAGUCAAUGUCUGCUGCAGCAAAUUUUGCAUGGGUUAACAGAAGCUCCAUGACAUUCCUCAGCAGACAGGCUUUUGCUAAGCAGUUUAACACAACUCCAGAUGAUUUAGAUAUGCAUGUUAUUUAUGAUGUCUCUCACAAUAUUGCCAAAACCGAAGAGCAUAUGGUAGAUGGUAAACCAAGGACAUUAUUAGUUCAUAGAAAGGGCUCUACACGAGCUUUUCCACCGCAUCAUCCCCUCAUCCCUGUGGACUACCAACUGACCGGCCAGCCAGUUUUAAUCGGAGGAACCAUGGGAACCUGCUCGUAUGUACUCACCGGUACAGAACAAGGAAUGCAAGAAACCUUCGGAUCAACAUGUCAUGGGGCUGGUCGUGCUUUGUCUCGUGCCAAAUCAAGACGGAAUCUAGACUACACAGAAGUAUUGAGGAAACUUGAUGAACAAGGAAUAUCCAUCCGAGUUGCAUCCCCUAAACUAGUCAUGGAGGAGGCACCUGAGUCAUACAAAAAUGUGACUGACGUCGUCGAUACGUGCCAUGCGGCUGGCAUCAGCAAAAAGUCAAUCAAACUCAGACCAAUCGCUGUCAUUAAAGGUUAAUUACAACCCGACAGCACUGCAUGAAUUCCUGUGAAUUUUGUGAAAUUAGGUAAUUUUUCAUCAGUACACCGUAUUACUUGAAUUUAUUACCCCUCAAAAAUUUAGUGAGGAAAGCAAACAAAAUCUGUCAGUUUAAGCCCAAAGUGGAAAUGGUCAAUACUACUGUGCUUAGGAGAAA